AGAGUACAAUGCUAUAAACCAAUCAUUUCACAUAUACAGAGGGUGGAAUUUGCAACCUCAUAAACAGCCAACUGGCAUUUUUCUAGACUCAGUAAGUUUGCACAAUAUACUAACCAAGGGAACUAGUUUCUUUCUCUGAAACACUUGGCUUUUAAGAAUCAUGGAGAUGAUGCUUGUGAAUAUAAAGAAAUGGGUAGAAGAAAACAGAGCUGCUUUUCUGCCUCCAGUAUGCAAUAAGCUUAUGCACCGCCAUCAGCUCAAUGUAAUGUUUGUUGGAGGACCAAACCAAAGGAAGGAUUAUCAUCUUGAAGAGGGAGAAGAGUUAUUUUACCAACUAGAGGGAGAUAUGUGCCUGAAGAUAAUAGAAAAUGGAAAACACAAGGAUAUUCACAUUAAAGAAGGAGAGAUAUUCCUCUUACCAGCCAGGAUACCACAUUCUCCGCAAAGAUAUGCAAACACUGUGGGGUUGGUUAUUGAGAGGAAACGAUCAAAUAUGGAAACUGAUGGACUCAGAUACUAUGUUGGAGAAUCGACUGAUGUCCUUUUUGAAAGAUGGUUUUACUGUGAUGACCUUGGUACUCAACUUAGCCCAAUAAUGCAGGAAUUUUUCAGCUCAAAGCAAUAUCAAACUGGAAAACCAAACCCAGAUGAACUUCUAAAAGAAACUCCUUUCCCACUGAACAACACCAGGGUUAUGGAGCCCUUUUCUUUGCAAGACUGGCUGAAUGAUCAUCAAAAAGACAUAGUUCAGAAGCAGUCCUUAAGGCUUUUUGAAGACAUCUUUGAAACUGAGGCUAUAAUUUUUGGACAAGGAAUAAGUAAAGAGGAAGGAAAGGAUGCAGAUGUAUGGCUAUGGCAGAUGGAAGGCACAUCUGUUGUUACUGUUGGCAGUAAAACUCUGACUCUAAUGAGUGGAGACAGCCUUCUCAUCCCAGCACAGACAAAAUUUGAGUGGAAGAGAUCAGAAAGAUGUGUUGUUCUCUACAUCGUUCAGGAUCCAAAGCGGAAAAGACCCUAUGCCUGAGUCCUGUUGUACCCAAAUAAUAUGAAUGACUGCUUAAUAAAAUUAUAACAGAAAUAAAAGCAUUUAUAAAUUCAUGAAAUAAGAUGAAAUAAACAUAAAAAGCCA